CCUGGUGAGGCCUGCGCGUCACUUCCGCCCUUACGCAGUAUAUAAGGAGCAGGAUUUCCGCUUUCGCUCUUUUCCGGCGGUGAAGAUCUCCCCGCGCCAACAUGCCUCUCGCGAAAGACCUCCUGCACCCCUCUCCCGAGGAGGAGAAGCGGAAACAUAAGAAAAAGCGCCUGGUGCAGAGUCCGAACUCGUAUUUCAUGGACGUAAAGUGCCCGGGGUGCUAUAAAAUCACCACUGUCUUCAGCCACGCACAAACAGUGGUUCUCUGUGUGGGAUGCUCCACUGUGCUCUGUCAGCCUACUGGAGGAAAGGCAAGACUCACAGAAGGAUGCUCCUUCAGACGGAAGCAGCACUAAUUACUGAAUCAAGAUGAUUGAGAAACUGUAAAGAAUAAAACAAAUUUGAUACAGUU